UGUUUGCAUGUGUGUGAGAGAGCGGGGGGAGCAAAGAGGAAAAGAGAGAGGAAGAGAGUGAGACAAAGAAAGAGAGAGAAAGAGAGAGAGCAAACACAAGGAUAGCAGGCUUGACAUAUACAUAUUCGCAGUGAACAAACAGACGUCCUAAUGCCAGAGAAAGACAGACGAAGCCAGUGAGAGAAGAAGGUCACCUCUAGAGCAGUGAAGGAACGGGGGGGUCAUACCUGAAGACUGAACUCUGGAAGUCUGGAAAUGGGAAUUCAGGAGGUCCUGCUUUAAACUGAAGAACACAUUUUGAUGCCACAACACUGAAAGACGACCAGGAAUCACAGCAUUACCCGAGGGUCACAAUGGAGAAACUCUCUGAAAAAGAAAAGGGUCUGAUUCGGGACAGCUGGGAGAGUCUGGGGAAGAACAAGGUGCCACAUGGAAUUGUUAUGUUCACGAGGUUAUUUGAGCUGGAUCCAGCACUACUUACUCUCUUCAGCUACAGCACAAACUGUGGGGUCGCACCUGAAUGCCUCUCCAGCCCAGAGUUCCUCGAUCAUGUCACCAAGGUCAUGUUAGUGAUCGAUGCAGCGGUGAGCCAUCUUGAUGACCUGCAUACAUUGGAGGACUUCUUGUUGAACCUGGGCAGGAAGCAUCAGGCCGUUGGGGUAAAGCCUCAGUCCUUUGCUGUGGUUGGAGAGUCCCUGCUCUAUAUGCUUCAGUCCAGCCUGGGUCCAGCCUACACAACACCACUGCGCCAGGCCUGGCUCAAUAUGUACAGCAUCGUGGUAUCAGCCAUGACCAGAGGCUGGGCCAAGAAUGGUGAACAUAAGUCCAACUGAGAAGGAGGUUACUAUAGCGGUCACCAGAUGUAUCUUCUCAAAAAUCUUUUUUAAAGAGUGAGGGGCUUGGAUAUGGGACCACCAAAAGGGAAAGUAAGUUGAGCUGAGUUGUGUUUUGGCUCCCUGAACAGUCCUAACUUUUGGUAGCUUGGUCUAACUGUAGACUGAGAUUGUAGUUAGAGAUGGCAAAGCCUGUAAGGUUAAAGUAUGCUUUUCAAGAGUCCAGGACAUAAAUAGUUUAUGGUUGAAACUUCAAAAGCAAAAUUUGCUUUGUACAUAUAGUAAUGACUAAAUGUAUUUCCUCAAACUAUCUUAAAUGACUGUCUUGAUGUAUUAAUGUUUCAAUGUAUUGAGGUUUGACUAUGCACAUGUGAGCUUGGUCAACUUGAAAAAGUUGUUUUAUUCUGUCGCCUCUUGGAAUCAGUUUAGAUAAAGGCAUUUGGAGUCACUAGAAUUUCACUUUAACCUUAAAUUACACAGAAUUAAUUCUAUAAUCUUGCCUGUGCUGUGUUAGUUUUAAGUUUUGCGAUGUUCAGUAAAUUAUCUGAGCAUAGUAGUAUUUGGCAAUAUGGUCCAAAUGACAGUGUCAAAGACAAUAAGCAAUCAGUAGCCAUAAUGUUUUGAUGCCAUCCAAAUGUUCAUGUGAAAUUUUGUUCGCCACAUUCAUCAACCAUUAUCAGUCUUUCUGGCGAUGAAAGUAAAUGACGAGAACUGUUACAUCCGAAAUAGCUUUUGGAAUUUUCAGACUGUUAAUUUAUGAACCUGUGCCAUGUCAUAAGUUUACAUUUCCAUUGUAUGGGAUCAUAAUCGAAGCACUCUACUUCAACGUUUACUUACGAAAGACUUGUGUAGACUGUUACUUAACAUAAAGUGACUGUUAUAUCAUAACCAGAUGAUUUGUUCACUUAUUUAGAAUUGUAGAUAGUCAAAAAGUGUUUAUGAUAAACGAUCCGCUCCAGUGGGCGUUAGCUAUAUAUAAGAAUCUUUAUUUCAGAGUUUUUGUUAGCAAACUUUCUGAAUAAUAUAUACUGAAUAAUAUUUUUUAAAAAUAGUAAAUUGAAUUAGUUGGCUUAUUACAACCUUGUAAGUUAAGAACGUACACACUCUUAUCUAAGAUAAGAAUAUUUGUUGCCAUAAUUAUGAGCUAUAGAAAACGUUAAAAGCGAUGACAACCGUUUUGCUGCUAUCAUUAAAACAUUAAAUAGCUUUGUAGAAAUCUUGUCCUCUUUAUAUGAGAGAUAUUUCUACAUUUAAAUGGUUCAGGCCAAGUACAACUGUCACAGAUAUUGAAACUGCUGGUACAUUUUACGUGUUACUUUAUAUGACAAUAUAAAGGUAUAUAGACUUUUCUGUAUAUUUAGGUGUAUGUGGAUUGAUUAUUUAAUUUCAUGUAUUGCUCAAUGGUGCACUGAUACUUUUUUGUUUAAAUGUACUUUUUUUUCUCUUUCAAAGACUGUUCUCUUUUUCUGAAUAUGUUCCACCUAAUGGCUUUCCUAUAACCUGUCUUUAUGGAAUGAUCCGCUUAUUAGUAUUGAAAAUCUUUUACAAAGAUGCAAUGGUUAUAACAUUUUCAAGUGAAAGUGUUCCUUUUGUGAUAAUCUAUGUUUAUUGACCAUUGAAGUAUUGUGUGUUUGUGUGUAGUGUUUGCUUUUGUGCUUUUUCUCUUGAUAUUCUGUGACUCAAUUGUCUCAAUGUCUACCUCACUGAAGCAGCUGAUAUUAAACAGCGAUGUUAUGACCUGGCUACUCAGUAACCAAAAAAGUUAUAUUUCACUUAUACUGUACAUCCUGUUUCUUUGGCCAGUCACCAAUCUAACUAGAAUCAGGAUCAGUCAAGGCUCUAUGUAAACACAUGUGUUUUAAGCUUAUUUGUAAUAAACGACAGAAAUAAAGAAUAACUUGGUUA